AUGAAACUAUUUUUUAUUACGUUAUUGGUUCUACCGGCGCUGCUCUGCUUCCAAAGCUCGAGCACAAUAUUUGCCAGAGCAGAUGAGGAUGAACUCGAUGAUGUAGUUGACAUUGAGGGUGAAGACAACCAGGUGGUGGGUGACGAUGCUCUUGGUGACGAUGAUGACUCGAUCGUUAAAUCAUCACAAGAUGUUGACACAACUAUACUGUUCAUGAAACCCAUCACCAGUUAUGGUGAUGUGGCAUUCGACCUUCAAGCCGGCUACCCUGUUGAGUUCCUCGUUGGCUUCAUCAACAAGGGCUCAGAAGACUACAUAGUUGAGACUAUGGAAGCAUCCUUCCGUUAUCCCAUGGACUACAACUAUUAUAUUCAGAAUUUCACUGCACUACCAUACUACAGAGAGGUCAAGCCUAAACAAGAGGCUACAUUCGCUUACUCAUUUAUCCCUAACGAAGCUUACGCCGGACGUCCCUUCGGACUUAACAUUCAGCUGAACUAUAGAGAUGCCAGCGGUAACUAUUAUCAGGAAGCAGUAUACAACCAGACAAUCAACAUUGUUGAAGUAUCUGAAGGUCUUGAUGGAGAGACAUUCUUCUUGUAUGUGUUCCUCGGUGCAGCUUGUGUAUUGACCUUAGUUCUCGGACAGCAAGCAUUAUCUUCACUUGCAAGACGGUCGAGGUCCCCACGAUCUGUGUCUAAACCCAUUGAGACUGGAACGGCCACUAAUGUUGACUAUGACUGGCUGCCAAAGGAUGUCGCUAACCAACUUAAAAAAUCACCCAAAACACCAAAACAAUCACCACGCGCGAGGAAAGCGAAAAGAUCUGCUGGCGAUGAUUAA